GCACCACAUUAAAGAAUUCAUUUUAGCCUUUUCCGCAGUCCACACCACUAUUCAGGCCAAAACACGAUCUAUGUGCCGCCUCUCCCUCUCUCAUUCUCACCUCAUUCCCAGUCGUCGACGGCAGCUCCUUCCCUCUCUCACCAGUACCAGCAGCUCUCUCUCUCUCACUCACACAAACGGAGACGCCCUCGGACGCACCUGCAGUAGCCCACGACGCACGACCUGCAGCAGCUCACCCCCCUCGGGCCUCGGAUUUAAUUAGUUGACGAUGGCGGGAAUAGCUAUAGCCUUGGAUCUGUUGAGGAAAAACCCAAGUUUAUACACAGCUCACUCUUCUGGGUUUAUUUCAGCCGCGGCUGCCGCCUCUGCUGCUGCUGCCUCUGUGGCUGCCGGAACCCCUUAUGCCUAUAAAGCUUUAUUUGGUAAUUUCAGGAUACCAAUUGUUCAAUGUGAUGCUGGUGCAGCGUGGUCUGAUGAUUAUGUAACUAGCUUCAAAACUGCAUCUGAAAAAUUCUUUCAGAAUGAUGCUCUUAAAUACAGUACUAAGGAGUACAAAAUUGAGUUAAAGCCUCUAUUUUCGGCUUUUGAGUUUAGGGCAUUAGCGAUGACCUCCUUGAGAUCAUUUCUAUUGUUCUAUUUACCACUUUUGGAGCCUCGUACGAAUUUGGAUGCAGAUGAUGAUGACUUUCUCCAGGAAACUCAGGAAGAACAGCCUGUAGACUAUGUUGUUCCUUUAAAAAAAUCAGUAAAACAAAUCGGUCGUGAGACGACUAUUGUCACAACUAGACGAAUUUUGGAAAGAAUGGCUGUCCAUCACGUUUCCCAGCGAAUGGCAUGGAAACUUUUAAAAGAUGUUCCAAAAUCAGCCACACGCAAGGCUGCAAGAGGAAUGCCUGCUUAUGUUUUCUUCUACAGAGUUGGCAAAACAACUUUCAGAGGACAUCUUCUAGGAGUUGCAGCAUCAUGGACUGUUCAAGUUGCCAUUGAGUUUUACCGAUUCAUCACUCGUUUGCUGAAUUUGAAAGAAGAGGUCGAUGAAGUUGAGCCAGCAGAACAAGUUAAACUUCUUGCAAAGAAGCUCACUUCUACCACAAUCAAAUGCAGUUCAUCACUAGUUUUUGCUUCUAUUGGAGCAGGAAUUGGUGCAGUUUUAUUUCGGCCUUCAGCUGGUCAAUGGAUAGGCUGUGCUGCUGGGGAUUUGGUAGGGCCAAUUAUUGUAUCGACUUGCCUCGAAAAAGUCUUUAGUAUUGAAAUUUAGUAGGUGCUAAAAGAAAAAUUAUUAACAUGUUUUGCUCACUCUUCAUAUUGUACUUAUAACAAUUUUUCCAGGAAUUUUUAUGAUAAAUUUUGGGAGAAUAAUAAAGUGACAUUCUCCUGAGUUUUCCAUUUUCCCUGUUGUAAAGAAUGUCUUCUGAAUAUUCCUGAUCGAGACUCUUGUCUAUUAUGUAUUGAACUAGGCUAUUAUUUUUAGUUUCUAAUUCUACUCGUAAUGAAUUCUCUUUCCUAGUUUA